AUGCCUUCUCCGAACACAAACUCUAACUCUUCAAACUUAAUACCGAUCCGCGACCCUCGGACCAUGGGCUGGACGCUCGUCGGUAACGUACCGUUUCUGCUGACCCUCCUCAUCGGCUACGUGCACCUAGUCAAGUACCUCGGACCCCGCUUCAUGAGGAGGCGUAAGCCGUACGAGGGCAUUAAGCCGGUCAUCCAGCUAUACAACGUGUCCAUGGUACUCCUCAACAUCUACUUCGUCAAAAACUUCUUGAGCCGAUCCUAUCUCGGAGGUGGCUACAACUUCAUUUGCCAGGGCAUCGAUUUCGAAGCCAAGGACCAGACCACGACAGAACUCCUGGAGCUCUCCUGGUGGUACCAGUGGGUAAGGGUGGCUGACUUACUGGACACCGUGUUCUUCGUGCUCCGUAAGAAGGACUCCCAUGUGUCCUUCCUCCACGUCGCCCACCACGCUCUGGUUGUCUUCGACGGUUGGUACGGCCUCGCCUACGGUCCGGACGGACAGGUGGCCCUCUGCAUCAUCAUCAACAGCUUCGUCCACAUCCUGAUGUAUUCCUACUACUUCCUCACGCUCCUGGGUCCCGCUGUCCGCCGACACCUUUGGUGGAAGCCCUACUUGACGCGGCUCCAGCUGGUCCAGUUUGUCGUCGUCUUCAUCCACUUUCUGGUCUCAUUCUUCGAGGACUGCGGUUACCCAAAGUCCCACUCCACAUUGAUGAUUUGCGAGGAGGUUUUCUUCUUCUUCAUGUUUGCACGCUUCUACGUAAAGGCUUAUGGCCACAAACGAGGUUCUUCGAUAGGACGCCAAACGCAACAGUCGGAGACGCGUUCAAGGCACCGUAGUACAACUAAUAUAGCUUUGUGA